AAUGCUUGGGAAGUCAAUUUCUGAUAGGGUAGAAUUUUUUUCCAAAUUCCCUUUAUUAAGCUCUUCAAUGCAUUGGGUGGUAGGAAUCAUAUACAUGUGCCAGAUAAACAUUUCUAUUAGCCAAGUUCGAAGGGUAUUAUUCUUUAGCCCAUUUGAUGAAAUUAACAUUUUUGUUGUGUAAUCACCAGUUUCUUGUGUAGUUAUGUUGUUUGAUGAUAAAUUACCUUUAACGAAUUGUCCAGGUUUUGCAUAGAGGAGUUCUAUGCUUUCUUCAUGAUUUAGCAGAUCCAGUUGACAUCAUUUUAGGUGUACUUAUCGAUGAGGUGCAAGUUAGUCAAUUAUUCUCCAUUGCCGUUAAUGGCAUUUUGAUAGUAUUUCUAGUAUAUUUUUCCAGGUGUACUGGCCAUCCGGUUAGCACCAACCAUCUUCCCACUGCAUAUUUCUGUACCUGAUCCAUUCACUGAGAUUCCUGUAGUCAUGCUCCUGCUUCAGAUAUGCUUGCCUUAUGCUAUUGAACUGUGGGGAACAGUGGAAGCUCUUCUCCAUCAAUGGGUUACUGCAGUUUGCAGUUUUCUUGGCUUAAAUUGUUUAUUGCCUUCUAGACCUGAGGACAUUGGUGGGCAGGAGAAAGUGAAAGUAGAAAGGCAGCAGGUCGGAUUGCACGAUGGACUCAUUGCUGGUCAAGAUCCAAACAACAAUAUUUCCACCUCACAGAAUUUUGAUGGUGUGGAAAACUAUACAAGUGAUGCGAUUGAUAAUGGCUAUACUUUUGUACAUCGUGUUGUGUUGUUGGUCGUUCUCGCGUGGAUAACGUUGCUGCUCUUCAAUUCAUCCAUGAUAAUAGUAUCCCUGCAACUAGGACGUGCAGUGUUCAGUUCCAUUUCUAAUCUCCUAAUAACUCAUGGCAGCAAGUGCAACGAUCUCUAUGCCUUCUUUUUCGGAAAUUGUUGCAUCUGGACUUCUUUCACUGGAGCAAGAUACUUCAUUGAGCAUUUUAAAGCAGGGAAAGCGCAUUUACGGUUCAGCGAUAUCUGCAAGUUGCUUUGUCUUAUCGCGGAGAGUUGUGUUCUAUCAUCACUUUGGAUCAUUGUUAUUCCACUGUUGAUCGGGCUUCUGUUUGAGUUUUGUUUCAUGCUGCCAAUUGGAGCAUUGGUGGUUGAAGCCCCAGUUUUACUCUUGCAUCAGGAUUGGGCAGUGGGGUUCUUCUUCUUUCAGCUGUGGAGGACACUGGUUUUGCUGAACCAUAGGAUUGUUCUGGUGGAUGAAAGUUGGCGGAUUAAGUUAGAGAGGGUGAGAGGUAUUGGUUUCGUGAAGCUUUCAGUGAAUUGGAUGCUGCAGGAGUUACUGAUCCCAAUCAUUAUGAAUCUGUCAAUGUCUCUCUGUUUUCCCUAUGUUAUUGCCAGAUGGAUAGUCCCCUCGCUCGGGUUCUCGCACAUAGUGAACUCAACUGUCUAUCAGUUUACUUGGUUAGUCUAUGUGACUAUAAUUGUACUGUUUUCCUGUGCCAAAAGAUUUCCUGUUUGGAUCAUCAACCUUCACAAUUCUAUGCGAGACGACCAUUAUUCUGGUUUGGGGCUGCAAAAUUUUGGUGAAGCAGCAUCGGAGUGCCAAAGGGAGAUUUGAUAAGUUGUUGAGAUGGUUAUCAGAGUCUCAAAGAUACUAGUCUGUCAGAUACAUUUUGAUUUAGCGUCAUCAAGGAAGAUACCCUAAAAUUAAAGGUGAGCUGUUUAGCUGUUAUGUUAUUUUGUUUUCUCGGCAGGUAUAGUUCUUUUGUUGACGGGGUAACUCUGAGAGAAGAUCAACUGAUUCAAUUGCCUAAGAUUUUUAUAUAGGCUCCACAGAUUUGCUUGUAAAUAUUCAGUUGGGGUGCCUUGCCUAGUGAGUAGGAUUUUGCUUCUCAUUUUGAAGUUUUUUUCUUUUCUUUUUGUAACAUAUUGUACUAGAGUGCUGCAAAACACUGAUUGUAGCAGGAUAUUGAUUAUAUAUAGCUUGGAUUGGGUGUCGGACUUGGUAACUUGCGCAUUUCUUUGGUAAUCGCAUUUUGUUCAGGCAAAUUGGUGGUGGCAUUCUUCUUUCUUUUCAGUAAUACCUUGCUAAACCAUUGAAUUGCCCGAGACUAUAAUACGACAUUACAUCUUAGCGGCUAAACCUUGCACUGAAGCAGUAAAGCUUACAAUGACGAGAAAUUUUUUGGGGACAUCAACAUUUGGUAAAUGAAGUGAGUGGAAGAGGGAAUGAAAAAGGCAAUCAGGGCAAUUCCUCAAUCACUCAGCUAGCUAGUCUUUAGAUAGUUUUUCGUUUUUACAAUCUGGAAGGAGUUCCCGUAGCAGCAUUAUCUGACCGCUAAAGUAAAAUGCAGCAGAGAACAUACAUCAUUAGUGGAGAAGCAAUGCUGCAUCUGUCGGAGUGAAUACAGCAGACAUUACAGAAAAGUCCGAAGUAGCGGAAUUGCAUUGAGAUUGAAGGCCCUUUUUUGCCUUCUUACUGACACGGAAUGGCAUUGAGACUGAAGGCCCUUUUUGCCUUCUGAAUAGUGACAUAGAAUGGGAACAUGGCCCUAACCCAGACAAUUGCCUAACCUAAAGCUUACAAUUUAGUACAGUAUUUGAGACUUUAGACUUUAGAGACGGUGGACGCAUAA